GCUAAGAACGACUUGGAAAAAACCACAUCCGAGUUGAAAAACGUUCGUGAAGAACUGGAAAAUGCAUCAUCAAGGAUAACACAAUUGGAGAAGAAGAACGAGGAACUAUCAAAAGAUCUCGAAGAGUGUGCAAAUAAAGCGAAACAAAAUGAAACUUCAUUGAAGCAAACACUUCAAGAACAAAUUCAAAAGUCAGAAUCUGAAAGAAACGAAUUCCAGCGGUCGUACGAUGAAUUGCAGUCCACUCAACAAAAAUUGCACUCAGAAAAUGAGAAUUUGCAUGAAGAGGUAGUUAAACUAACUGCUUUGAUCGAGCAGUUUAAAAGCGAUGGNAAAGUUGCAGAGGCAAAAAUAUCUCAACAACUGAAACAAAUUGAAGAGCUUAGUAAAACUAUUGAGCAAUUGAAAUCUGAGAGUAUCUCAUUGAAGGAAUCGUUGGGCUCGACGGAUGCUUCAAAACAACUUUUGAUCUCUGAGAAAAGUGAAUUGCAGGAUAAGAUUAGUGAACUGAACGAGUUGAAUGCAAAAUUGAGCUCGGAGCACAAAUCUGCAUUGGAAAAUGUUUCCCAGCAGUCGCAACAAAUCGACCAUCUAAACUCCGUUCUCGAAACACUGAAAAACGAACAUGCUGAAAGUGAUGUCGCUGUCAGAAACAUCGAACAGGCGAAAUGUUCACUCGAAUCAACGUUACAAGAAAUUAAGAAAAAUAACGAACAACUUCAAACAAAAUGUUCCGAUUUGGAAAGUGAGCGAAAACAUUUGAGUGAUGUGAUCAGUUUAAAAGAUGAGCAGAUGAAUUCCCAAGAUUCCAAUUUGAAACAAUUGUCGAGCCAAGUUGAAAGUUCACUGAAAGAGGCGUAUGAGAAAUUGCAAACGGAAAGUCAAUCGAAGUUGAGUGAAUUCAUCCGUGAAAAUUUUCGUUUGUUUGUAUUUAUGGUGACGAAUCAAUUGAUCGAUGAAUUGGCAUCGUCGAAGGAACAAGUUUCGAAAGAAUUGAUUUUAGCUGUCGAUAAACUUGGAUCGGUUGAAGGUGAUCGAGGAACACUGGGAAGCUCACUGCAGAGUGUGAAGAGCGAUUUAGAUAAAGCGAAUGCUGAACUUGUAAAAUUACGAGAAAGUGAGGGUAAUUUACGAAUCGAGGUGGAAAAGCUGAAAGAGAAUGCCAUUCAAACUGAACAAAAACUGAAUGUGGCGAAUUCAAAAUGCGGCGAAAUGGAGAGUAGAAAACUUGAGCAGCAGACUGUGAUGGAAAGGUGA